AUGGGUCGAUCAAAAGUGGCUAGCAACACCGACCAAGUUUCACAUUACCCUUAUUCAAAAGCAUUACUAAAUUGUGAACUAUAUAGUGGUACUGGAACAUUCUCUGAAUCCUUUAUUUGGGCAGGUGUUAAACAAGAUGAAAUGAAAUCAAAACUGGAACAAUUCUACCAAAUGUCAUUUAAACUAUUUAAAGAUAACAAUAUAAAUGUACACAAGGAACCAAAAUGGAUACCACAUAUUACAUUACUCAAAGAUAAUCGAUUACACAACAAACAAUACUUUCAACAAGCUAUUCAAAUAUCCAAUGCUUUCAAUUCUUCAUACUUUGGUGAUCAAACUUUUGGUAGAUUGGAUUUUAUGAAAGUUGGUUCAAAAGAUAGAAAGACUGGUUAUUAUGAAAUCGUUGAUUCAAUUAAACUCGUUGAUUCAUAA